ACCACCGGUCCACCACUGCGCUCCAGCUUCUUCACUUUCUCUGUCAAUAAACCUUCACCCUUCAUCUUCUCCUCUCUAGCCGCCAUUCUAACUUCUUCUCCUUCUCUCUCUGCAUUUUUCGCUCUUGUUUCAGUCUUUCUUUCUUUCUUUCUUUUUUUGGGUAGAAUCUUGUUUCAGUCUUUUGAUCUCUCAAAACGGGGGGGAAAGGCCUAGUAAUGGAGAAGAAACAAGGGUUCUUUGCGGCUCUCAAAGAGGAGGUAAAACGGGGGCUAUCACCCUCCCGGUCCCGCCCCAACGGUCCGGCCAGAACGCGCUCCCCCAUGUCGGGUCUGAUUCGAAGGAAGAAAAGUAAUCAUGGGUCUUACGUGGCGCAGCCGGAGCUGUUGAUCGCGAGAUCCGGGAAUCUGAGGCCGGUGAUGGAGGGUCCUGAUCCUGAUGGCGGGGAGGUUGGGGAGUCGAAGAGGAUUGGGUCUGGGAUGGGACAGUGGGUGAAGGGGCAGUUAUUGAGGACUCCCUCGGUGGUGUCGAUGGGUUCCAAGAGGUCUGAUCUCAGGCUAUUGCUUGGGGUCAUGGGUGCACCUCUGGCCCCAGUUUAUGUCAACUCUAUUGAACCGUUGCCUCACUUGAGCAUCAAGGACACUCCCAUUGAAACUUCCUCUGCUCAGUACAUAUUGCAGCAGUAUACAGCUGCUUCAGGGGGGCAGAAGUUGCAAGGCUCCAUUCGAAAUGCCUAUGCUAUGGGAAAAUUGAGAAUGGUAGCUUCGGAGGUUGAGACUGCCACGAAGACUGUUAAGAACCGGAAUGCCUCUAGAUGUGCAGAAUCUGGUGGGUUUGUUCUCUGGCAAAUGGAUCCUGACAUGUGGUAUGUUGAGCUUGCAGUUGGGGGCAGCAAGGUUCAAGCUGGGUGUAAUGGGAAGCUAGUCUGGAGGCACACACCCUGGCUUGGUGCCUGCUGUGCAAAGGGGCCUGUUAGACCAUUGCGUCGUGCACUUCAGGGUCUUGAUCCAAGAACUACAGCUAGUAUGUUUGCCAAUGCUAGGUGCAUAGGGGAGAAAAGGAUAAAUGGUGAGGAUUGCUUCAUCCUCAAGCUUUCUGCUGAUACUCAGACAUUGAAGGCAAGGAGUGAAGGCCCUGCUGAGAUCAUUAGGCAUGUGUUAUAUGGUUACUUUAGCCAGAAGACAGGGCUUCUUGUUUACAUGGAAGAUUCACAUCUUACUCGGAUUCAAUCCAAUGGUGGUGAUGCAGUUUACUGGGAAACCACAAUCAAUUCAUUUCUCGAUGAUUACAGACCCGUUGAAGGGAUCAUGAUUGCACACUCUGGGCGAUCUGUUGUGACCCUUUUCAGGUUUGGUGAAAUGGCAAUGAGCCAUACCAAGACAAAGAUGGAAGAAGCUUGGACUAUUGAAGAGGUUGCCUUCAAUGUGCCUGGACUUUCUUUAGACUGUUUCAUCCCACCGGCUGACUUAAGAUCUGGAUCUGUCAGUGAAAGCUGUGAACUCCAUCAGGAUGAAAGGGGUAAGAGUGCACUUGCAUUAGCAGCCCACCGGGCCAAAGUUGUUGCACUGGAAAAAGCACAUGAUAGCACCACUGACAACAUGAUUUGGAAGAUGGAAGUCUAACAAAGGGUAGGAUCACAGAAAUCAAGGCAAUUGUUCAUAUUGGUAGAAACUGUUAGGGGACUAACCCACUCGAAGUGAUAAGGUGUAGGAGUCAAGUCAUAUUUUUUUAGACUUUGGUCUAUGCCUCUAUUAAUCUGUAAAUAGAGCAUAAUCAUUCACUGGAUCCAACUGGACCAGGUUGAAUUUUUAUACUCAACGCAGAAUCCAACUAAGGAGUUGGAGCUCGGUUUUCCGGUUAGGGAUAGAGCUAAUGGAGGUUAUUUUUAGGUUACAUUCCAUGCUUGAAGAAGGUGGUGAAGCUGUCGUAUAGCAGAACCAUUAACCUUUUUAAUAGUUUUACUAAUGCUCAUGGUUAAUGAAUAUAGCAGUGGCAGUGGAGGAUACUGCUACUGUCAAGUCUGGCUUUGACACUAAUUUCUAGUUUGUUAACGUUACUUUUUCUUGCUCUGUGAUUCCUGGUGUGAUUGUUUUACAUUGUUAGUGUUUCUGGGUUUGGGAAGGAAGAUGGAUUGUGCUUAGAUAUGGAGAUUAGUAGGGUGAUAGAAACUCAUAUCCCCUGCUGUGAUCAAAUUCUGGGUUGUCUUUGGUUACAUGGUGGCAUCUGAUCAGUGCCAGCUGAGAACUAAAUGUAAACAGAAAUAUUAUGUCUUAUCAAUCACUUACUGUUGAUGAAAUAGAGAUCAGCAUCUUUC